CAAGAUUGAGAACACAAAAGUGAUAGAAAAAAAAUGUUUGAGAAAAAUGAAAAAAAAUGGGAAAAGAUUUAAAAAAAAAAAAAAGAAAUCUGAAGACGGAUGAGUCAAGUCAAAAGGAACCGACCCGUUAACUGCGGUUCGGGUCAAACCUUCCUCUGAUUUGAUAUAUACAGACCGCAAACGCAGUGUGGGAAGAAGAGAGAGAGAGAAAUGGGUGUAAUGGAGGUAGCAUUGGUGUGCUUAUUUGUUGGAGUUUUAGGGGCAAAAGCUGAGCAAUUGAGCACAAAAGAGUGUGAAAAUCUGGGAUUUACGGGUCUAGCUUUAUGCUCCGAUUGUAGAACUCUUGCUGAGUAUGUCAAAGAUCAAGAGUUGGUGUCUGAAUGUUUGAGCUGUUGCACAGAAGACUCUGAUGAUGCCAUGAGUAAGGUUGUUUAUUCUGGAGCAGUUUUGGAAGUCUGCAUGAGAAAGCUAGUUUUCUAUCCUGAAGUCGUCGGGUUCAUUGAAGAAGAGAAGGACCAAUUCCCUUUUGUAAAAGUUCAAUAUGCAUUUAAUUCUCCACCAAAGUUGAUCAUGUUGGAUGAUCAUGGAGAGCACAAGGAAACCAUUAGAAUUGAUAACUGGAAACAUGAGCACAUAUUGCAAUUCUUGAAAGAGAAGGUUAAGCCAUCAUCGGAUAUCUAAUGUGGCUGGUAGUCUAGUCCUGGUUUGAUCAAGAGCAAUGAUAAGAGUGGACUUGUCUUCUACCUGCAUCUAGUUUCAGAGAACUCCAAAUCUCACAUAUUGUUUUUAAGAGAAUGAUAUGAAAUUAAUAGCAGCGACACACAAGUUCGACGGCUACUUCUUUAUGCAAAACAUGCUCUGGAUGUUGCGUGACGUAAUCAAUUGAUUUCGUCAUUCCUGCUCUUUUAUUUUUUUCCUUAAAUUUUCUCACUCUAGAACCCCCCCCCCCCGGCGGUCCCCCUCAAUUUGUCAUUAUCAGACUAUCGCUUAGUAAUACUGAUUCCGAGAGGAAAACAUUAUAUUAUUAAUAUUUGUAAUCAUAUAAAAAAACUUAAAUGUCGCCAUUCUGGUGAGGGUUGCCGUGAGCUCAA